AUGGAGUUGAUGAAGGCGAACUUAAGCUGUCUGUAUAGUUUAUCAGGAAACAACUGCCUCCCCGCCAGGAGCUCGUCUCCCGGGGUAGCGGCCACCCUCGCCGGCGUGCUGAUCUUCACCACCGUGGCUGAUAUCGUUGGAAAUCUGCUGGUCAUCCUGUCUGUGUACAGGAACAAGAAACUCAGGAAUGCAGGUAACAUCUUUGUGGUGAGUCUUUCUGUGGCUGACCUGGUGGUGGCGCUGUACCCCUAUCCCUUGGCUCUGGUCGCUAUCUUCCAUAACGGCUGGACAAUGGGCUCCCUGCACUGCCAGCUGAGCGGGUUUGUUAUGGGACUGAGUGUGAUCGGCUCGGUCUUCAACAUCACGGCUAUCGCCAUCAACCGCUACUGCUACAUCUGCCACAGUCUCUGCUACGACCGGCUGUAUUCUCGUCGGAACACCUGUCUGUACCUGCUGCUCACCUGGAUGCUAACCGCUCUGGCCACCGUGCCCAACUUCCGGGUAGGUUCCCUAAAAUACGACCCACGCGUCUUCUCCUGCACGUUCACCCAGACAGCAAGCUCUUCUUAUACCGUCUGCGUUGUUCUGAUCCACUUUCUGGUUCCUCUGGGCGUGGUUUCUUUCUGCUACCUGCGCAUAUGGACGUUGGUGAUUAGGGUCAAAGGUCGUGUGCGGCCCAAUCCGAAGGUCAGAGCGGCCGACCUGAGGAACUUCUUGACUAUGUUUGUGGUGUUCGUGCUGUUCGCCGUGUGCUGGGCGCCCCUGAACUUCAUCGGGCUCGCUGUGGCAAUAGAUCCCGCAAGAGUGGUGCCGAAUGUCCCGGAGUGGCUGUUUGUUACCAGCUACUUCAUGGCGUAUUUCAACAGCUGUCUGAAUGCUGUCGUCUACGGGUUGCUCAACCAGAACUUCAGGCAAGAAUACAAACAGAUUCUCCGCGCUCUCUGCACUCCACGAGCACUGUUCACUGAAAGCUCCAGGUACAACACUGAAGCCAUAAAGAGUAAACAGUCGUCGGCGGGAACCAAUAACAAUGUGAAAGAGGCCAAUAUGUAUAAGGGCGGUGUAACACACACUCUUUUCUAG